UCAAAGCUUUAUUUUGGUUCUAGUGCAUUUAUUUUUGUCACUGAGUUUUGUUUUUUGAGUAUUCAAAAAUGUCUCUCAUUCCUAGCCUCUUUGGUGGCCGAAGAACCAACAUUUUCGAUCCAAUUUCUCUAGACAUAUGGGAUCCCUUUGAUGGUGUCUUCACCUCUGCACGUGAAACCUCCACAUUUAUCAGCACAAGGAUUGAUUGGAAGGAGACCCCAGAAGCUCAUAUUUUCAAAGCUGACCUUCCUGGACUUAAGAAAGAAGAAGUGAAAGUAGAGGUGGAAGAAGGCAGAAUUCUCCAAAUUAGUGGAGAGAGAAGCAAAGAGCAGGAGGACAAGAAUGACAAGUGGCACUGUAUCGAGAGGAGCAUCGGGAAGUUCCUCCGCAAGUUCAGGUUGCCAAAGAAUGCGAAGAUGGAUCAGGUUAAGGCCAGUAUGGAGAAUGGAGUGCUUACUGUAACUGUUCCUAAGGAGGAGGAGAAGAAACCUGAGGUCAAGAACAUUGAGAUCUCUGGCUAAGCUAAAUGGCCAAUGACAUUUUACCAUAUUUGACUUGUGUUUAUUAUCCAUCAAAUAAAUGUAAUUCAAGCUGUUUGUGUGUGAGAGAAGUUGGUGUGUUUGUAAUUUCUGUGAGAGAGUACACAGCUCUCUUAGUUCUUUUCCAAUGAUGAGUGUUUAUUUAUAAUUCAGGUUU